AUGGAAGAAACACAUACAUUAAUGCAAAAACAAAAACUAACAUUAGAAAUGUUCACAUAUCACAUGUCUCCGUCUUCACAAGAGGUCAACAGAAUAAUUACGUUGGUAAAGUGGAUUUGUUGUGUUAAGAAAAAUUAUCGAAACGUUUUAUACCACAAUUGGCGACAUGCUGUAAAUGUUAUGCAGACUAUGUUUGCUAUGCUGGAGACAGGGAAAAUGAUGAGCUAUUUUACAGAUGCUGAAAUGUUUUUGCUCUUAGUAGCAUGUCUAUCACACGAUUUGGAUCAUCGGGGGACUAACAAUGCAUUUGAAUCAAAGAUGGCCUCACCUUUGGUUAAAUUAUACUCAACAUCUACUCUUGAAAGACAUCAUUUUGACAUGACAUUACUUAUAAUACAAACUGAGGGAAAUAAUAUUUUUGAAAACUUUACAGAAGAUGAAUAUAGAUUUGCUGUAAAAAUGUUAGAAAAAGCUAUCUUGUCUACUGAUUUGUCAAUCUAUUUUCAAAAACGGAGUAAAUUCAUAAAAUUUACAGAACAAAAUAAAAAAAUUGAAACUGAAGAAGAGUUAGAUCUUUUAAAGUACACAAAUUUAAUAAUUAAAAGAGCAAUGAUGAUGACUGCCUGUGAUGUUUCGGCAAUUACCAAACCGUGGCAGAUUCAAAAAUAUGUUGCAGUAAAAGUAGCAAGCGAAUUUUUCGAACAAGGUGAUAUGGAAAAAAAUAUUCUAAAAUCUCAACCAAUUGAUAUGAUGAAUCGUGACAAAAAGAAUUUAUUACCAAAAAUGCAGAUAGGUUUUAUUGAUGGAGUUUGUAUGCCUGUUACAAGAUUCCUUUUUAAUGAUUCCAGUCCAUCUAAUGUUAAUACAAUGAUUACUAUUUUGACUCUCAAUGACGAAUUAAUUUUAACUCUUUUGAUAAAAGGUUUCAAUCUCCACUUGUUUUUAUUUUAUGAAAACUUUUACCAACCGACUGUUCUAAGUGAAAUAUCAACGAUUUUGAACGUCAAAUUGCUCGGUGAAGCUUCAAGUUUUGAAUUAGAAAUACAUUUUCUUGCAAAAAGUGUCGAAUCUCAUCCACAAUUGGAUGAAAUGUUUUUGCUGGCUCAAAUGGAUUAUAAAUUGCCUUCUCAUCAUUUUAUUGAAUUUUUUUCUCCACAUUUUAUAUUUGCUCGUGUACCUGGAAAUCAGUCGUCUUUGAUUUUGGGAAAUUUGGUAGAUUCUUAA